AUGGAAUACGGCCAAUAUCCACAGCAGCCGCAGCAUAAUACACACACCAGUUACGCAAACGCAGGCCCAGGUGCCGGUGUCACCUCGCCGACCAACCAGAGCGGCCACCAGCACGCUGUGCAAUCCUCACCGCUCCUCAGCACGCAGCAGCAAGAAGCGCAGCUGCCAUCUCAACCGUCGAAUCAGCAGCAAGCACACAACAUGUACCAACCGCAGUACGGCGUGCCCCAGCAGGGCAUGCAGCAGGUCCCCUACGGCAUGCCCGGGAUCCAAGCCGCCGCAAUGGCCGCCACAGCUGCCGCCUCCGGCUCCAGCUAUCCCUACAUGCACUCGGACCCCGGCAUGCCGCAGAGCUCGCCGAGGAUGGCCGGUGACAACAUCAAGAAGGACGGCCGCCAGUCGCCCCGGAUGGGCGCCAUGCCGCAGCUGCAAGGACGGCGGAUGAGCCAAGUGACGAGCCCGGGCGUGCCCAACGCCCAGGUGAUGAUGAACCACGGCGGUCCCCGUCCCGGCGUGGCCCCGCCCCAGAUGGCGCCUGGCCAGCAGAUGCAACAUCCGCAGUCGCCCGAGAUGCCUCCUGGCGGGGCCGAAGAGUCCCCUCUCUACGUGAACGCGAAGCAGUUUCACCGCAUCCUCAAACGACGUGUCGCCCGGCAACGGCUGGAGGAGCAGCUGCGGCUGACAUCCAAGGGCCGGAAACCCUACCUUCACGAGUCCCGCCACAACCACGCGAUGCGACGCCCUCGCGGACCCGGAGGCCGAUUCUUGACCGCCGACGAGGUCGCCGCGAUGGAGCGCGACACGAAGAGCGUCGACGAUGGCAGCAAGGACGAGGGAGACGCGGCCGAUGCUGUAUCGGCCGACGCCACAGGUGCAAAGCGCAAGUCCGAAGUCGGAUCUGGGUCUCCUAAUAAGAAGCCCAAGACCGACCCCGAUAGCCCCGACGACGGCGGUAACGAGGAAGUAGCCAGCUGA